AUGGCAGCCAGACGUUCACAGUUCGUUGAUGCCACAGAGGCACCUGGGCUCUACUAUCAAGACCCAAGAUACAUCUACCAUGUUCCCCAGACUCCGCUCCGAAACAUGGCUCCCGCACCUAUUCGUCUGUCCGAAGAUUACUACAAUCAGAUGUAUCCUCUCCCAGCAACUCCCCCAACCCCUUACAUUUUGAAUGCAUGCUGCCGCGGUCGUAGCCACAGCCGCAGCCGCCGACGCCGCGCCUCGCGCCCCUCCAACAUUUAUGAUAGCGAUGGCUCAACGGACAGCUAUCCGUCAUAUGCAGAUGGCCAGCCGACCCAGCAAGGAGCAGAUCUCCUUCCGCCUCGAAUCGCUUUGAGACGCCUCUCGGAUUUUCUUUACGAGGCUGCUGUUUUCUACAACAAACAGCUCCGCGAAUUCGCCGACGAGCAUCAUGAUAGCGGCUAUACUUCCAACGACGCUCUUCGUCAGUUGCUAUGGAAGGACUGGAUGAACCAUCGCGACGAUGUCACGCGCGAAUAUUUUACGUCUACAAAGACCAACACCACGACACUGUUUUGCCAGGUCGAGGCAGCUGCUGAGACGCAUUGGCUGGAAGAUCCAGACAUUGAGGCACGAUUUAACUCCACUCUCAAGAUUCUACAGGCCAUGUGUGAUGAGAUUGUCAGAAUGGCUGAUAAAGCAAUGAGCGAUUGGCGAACUUGUUAUUUUCUGGCCGUUGAAUUGAACAAUGCGAGAUCGUAUGCCAGCCCUGAGGGGCUUGUUCAGCGACACCUGUUCAGUGGAUGGGACAAGGCAAAGUCUUGGUGA